CAAAAAUUAACUACUUUAUUAAGAAUAAAACAUAAAUUAAUUAUUAUUAAAUUGAUUGAUAUAAAAGGCAUCAAUAAAUAAUUAUUUUUUAGUUAUCAAAAAAAAAAAUAAAUAAAAAAAAUAUUAUAAAAUUAAAUAAAAUAUAUAAAAAAGUUCUACAUAACAAAUAAAAUAAACAAUAAUUAUAACACUACAUAGUAAAACUACUCUAACUAUAAAAAAUAAUAAAUAAUAUAAAAUGGAUUCAAAGUGGUUUUUUAUUGUAUUAGUAGGAUUUUUAUUGGUUUUACCAAGUAUAGUUAACCCAUAUAGAAAAGGUGUAACUAUAACUAAUCAAGAACCAAAAUUAAACAUUUAUCAAUUAGACAAGAGUAAAAUAUUUUCAGGUGAUAAAAUAAAUUUUGCAUCUUUUUUAACAGAAUCCUAUUCAAAUAUUCUUUCACAUUCAAGCUCAAGUUCAUCAAGUAGUUCAUCAUCUUCUUCCUCAUCAAGCAGUUCAUCAUCUUCAUCAUCCUCAUCAAGCUCAUCAUCAUCUUCUUCCUCAAGUAGUAGCUCAAGUAGCUCAAGUAGCUCAAGCAGUAGCUCUUCAAGCAGCUCAAGCAGUAGCUCUUCAAGUAGUUCAAGCAGUAGCUCUUCAAGUAGCUCAAGUAGCUCAAGCAGCUCAAGCAGUAGCUCGAGUAGCUCAAGCAGUAGCUCUUCAAGCAGUUCUUCAAGUAGCUCUUCCUCAAGUAGCUCCUCAAGCAGCAGUUCUUCAAGUAGCUCUUCCUCAAGUAGCUCUUCAAGUAGCAGUUCCUCAAGUAGCUCUUCAAGUAGUAGCUCCUCAAGUAGUUCAAGUAGCUCCUCAAGCAGCAGCUCCUCAAGCAGUUCAAGUAGCUCGAGCAGCUCCUCAAGCAGUAGCUCUAGUUCUAGUAGUUCGAGCAGCUCUUCAAGCAGUAGCUCAAGUAGCUCGAGUAGCUCAAGUAGCUCCUCAAGUAGUAGCUCUAGUAGCUCUUCAUCCUCUUCCUCUAGCUCAUCAUCCAGUUCAAGUUCAAGUGGGAACUAAUAUUUAUAUAUAUAUUUAAUAAAUAAAAAAUCGAUUUAAAUGUAAUUUU